AUGCCGCUCGUGGUGCUGCUGCUGGUUUGCGGUUGUACGUUCGCGGUUGUGCCGCCGGUUGCGUACGGUGCGGCGAUUGACACGGAUGAUCGACCCGUCUGGGAUUCGGUGCGUCUGUGCGACAUUCCUAAUGAGCUCGGUCCGGGUGCAUGUAUGCCGCCGGGCGACUGUGUCGCCUACGGCAAGAUCAACGACGUGUCCAGCCUGAGUUCGGUCGAACGCUUCAGCUUCAUCAAAAAGGUCCAGUGCAAUGGAUCGGAGACGGAACCGUUCGUGUGCUGCCCUCGCAACAGUGACGUUUAUCUUGAGCCUUAUGUAAACGACACGAUGAUACCGAAGAACCGUGUCGCUAGCCGGCUCGCUUUCGAUGCCGAUUCCUGCGGCAUUCAGAGUUACGUGGCGAAAAUACGAGGCGGUCAGCUGGCGGAGAUCGACGAGUUCCCGUGGAUGGCAAUGUUGCUGUACGAGCGUGAUAACAGUGGACUGACGCAGGGAUGUGGGGGAGCGCUGAUAAGUCGCACGUACGUGAUCACUGCAGCGCACUGCGUGACCGGAAAGAAUUUCCAGCAAACGAAGGGACGGCUGAAGUAUGUCCGGUUGCGGGAGUACAACAUCCACACCAAUCCGGACUGCGUGUACGAGAACAAGCUGAAGGACUGCUCGGAAGAUAUGAUCGAAUUACCGCCGCAAGCGAUCAUACCGCACCCGGAGUAUGACUCGGAAUCGAGCAACCAGCAAAACGAUAUUGCGCUGAUCCGGAUCCAACAGACGCCUCCAUUUACCGACUUUCUCCGGUCGAUCUGUCUGCCGGAGCAGAACUUUGAAGCUGGCGUUACCCAGGGCAAAAAGCUCAGCGUAUCCGGCUGGGGUCGUACGGACAUCUUUAAGGACAAUCUCGGUACGGAUGUGCUGAGUCCAAUCAAGCUGAAGCUCAGUCUACCGUACGUCGGGCGGGACGUGUGCAAGAAGACGUUCCUGCCGUGGUCGUUCUCACUCGGACCGGGCCAGAUGUGUGCCGGCGGGGAACGGGCUAAGGAUACGUGUGCCGGUGACAGUGGAUCACCGCUGAUGAGCUACGAUAUGCAGCGCGGCAUCUGGUACAUUACGGGCAUCGUCAGUCUCGGUGUGCGAGGCUGUGGUGUCGAAGGCCUGCCAGGAGUGUACACCAACGUCCACCACUAUCUACCAUGGAUUAAGAUGUACACCUCCGCUUAAGGGAUACGCGAUUUCCAACAACGCAAUUCGAAAAUCUAGCGCUUACCUAAUAAAUCAUUAGCUGUAAAUGUUGCAACUCUCUCGUUGUAAGCCGGGCACAUACAUUUCCUCGGUGGGUAAACAAUCCCGUGACCUUCAGCGUCCUCAAGAAGGAGAAAAACCGUUUUCCCAUCGUUCAUACAUUCGAUACCCGCUGUGGCACAGUGUGUUUGACCUUUGUGUCCGCAUUUCGAAAUUCUUUCAAGCAUCUUGAGAGUAGCACAAGGUCACAAAGCAAAGACCUUUGCGCUGGAGCUAAUAAUGGGUUUUAUCGUAACAGUAACACUCUGCUGCAACCGUUGUACUUUCGCUGCGAAGUCUUUGUGAGCUUGGGCGUACCCAUGCUGCGUGUCCUUUUUGAGUGUGUGUAGCCGCUGUGCAGGAAAAAUAACAAGCAUCCUUUCAUGUUUCGGUUUCGAUCGAUUUUAUCGGAUUGUAUUGCUAUCGUGAAAGUAUGUCAAAUCAUUGCGGGAGUUACAACCAUCCGUAAUGUAAAACAGCUGGAAAUCUAUACAGUGGACCUUCAUGAAGAAUCAUUUUUGCUUCAUAAAGAGAACACGGCAGAAGGCAAACUAUGCCAGUAGUAAAGUGACGAGUAUGGUACAUAUUGAAGACCAGGUAACUUUAACUUCAGGGAAGGCAAACCCUCUAACCCUAUGAUCAAAUUGGGCAGUCUGUAAGCAUAAUUCACAGCGCGUGAUAAGUAAUGGGAAGAGAAAUUUUACAUAA